AUGUUUGCCCCGUCUUUAUACAUCGGAUCGAUCCUGGAAAACCACGAAGACCGCGUGUCAAUUCUGCCAGAGCGGAUCAAGAAGUCGAUGCCAUCGCCGGAGCCGAAGCCCUCGGAGGGCGGUUGGCUCUACCGGGUUUUGGAGCCCUACUACUCCCGGGAGUGCGUGGACAACGUGAUGGAGGCCAUGAUGGGUGGCCAGAUCUCCUCAGGGGCCUCCUGGCCACGGAAGCUGGCAGCAGAAGUCUGCGAGCUUUACAAGGUGCCGGUGGCCCUGCCGACCUCCUCCGGUGCGUCCGCGUUGCACGUGGCACUGUUGGCGUGCAACCUCGGUCCCCAUGACCAUGUGCUCGUACCAGCCCUGACCAUGGUCGCCGUCGCCAACAUGGUGAAGAUGGUGGGUGCCAAGCCGAUCUACUGCGAUUCUGCUGAGGGCUCCGUGAACCCGGGAAUCGACGACCUUCUGAAAAAGGCCACGCCCAGGACCAAGGCCGUGAUCGUGUGUCACACCUACGGCGUGGCUUGCAAGGACAUCGAGAAAAUCACAGCUCUCUGCCAAGAAAAGGGCUGGUGGCUCAUAGAGGACAUCUGUGAGGCCAUGGGCACUCGUGCAGACAACGGCGAGCUGGUCGGCACUUUUGGCGACUUUGGUAUCACCUCGCUGUAUGCCAACAAGCCGAUUACGGCGGGGGAUGGCGGCUGGGUGCAUGCGCGCGAGAAGAAGCACCAUGAUCGGCUGAAGUCUCUCAUUAACCAUGGUUUCGAUCCCGCCUAUCACUUCCUGCACUUCGAGACGGCGCCCAACGCCAAAAUGAACGGCUUGGGUGCGGCCUUUGUCUGCUCGCAGGUGAAGAUGCUGCCCCAACUCAUGCAGCAUCGAGGCCACGUGGCUUCGUGGUAUCGGGAGGGCCUGGCCGGAAUUGAGGGCCUCUCCUGCAUUGAGCAGAGGCAAGUCGAUGCCCCCUGGGUCUUCGGUGUGGAGACGCGGGAUCGGAAGAACCGGGAUGCCCUCCGCGACCACCUUGCAGCCCACGGCAUUGAGACCAGGAAUUAUUUCUACCCCCUCCACCUGGAGCCCGUGAACUUCUAUGGGGACGACGUGGGGAUUUAUGACGUGGAGCUGCCGCACUCCGAGCACUUGGCUCAGGUGGGCUUCUACCUGCCUACGCACUCCUUCUUGGAGCGGGUGGACACGCAGUACAUUUGCUCUGUGAUCAAGGCCUACUUCCAGCCGGACUCUGUGGUCGGCGAAGCUCCUCGGAACAAGGGCUGGGCCGACAAGGAGAGAAGCAAGAUUUUGCAAGCCAGCUGA